AUGUCGAUUAGUGGUACUUUGACCUGUGCUAAACCUGGAAUCUACGGCAUCAGUCAAGCACAAACUUGUCUCAAAAGCCCCAAGUAUCCCAUGACAGGCUUGGCAUUAGACAUUUAG